UUCAUCUCAAUUCUCUAGCACUGGAUAUUUAUCUAUGUACAUAAUUUGUAAAAUGUUAUCUAUUCUCUUUGUACUUUAGAAAAGGCUUGUCUGUGAGAGAGUCUUGGUAAUUUGUAGUGACUGCUCCUGUUCUGUUAGUAUUAUUACUGUGUGCUCAUGGUUUGUACAAUAUUAUGGCAGUCACUAAUGAUAGCACAGCUGAGGUUUUGUUUAUACAUCAACAAAUGUUUCAGGUUGCACUGACUGAAGGGCCGCUAUCAAAAGUUAUUGUUGCAACAAUAAUGUCACUGUUCUUUACUUAUUUGAAUGCUAUCAUGGUCUACACUCUUUGGAGUAAGCCUUUUUUUAAAGAGACUCCUCGCUACGUUCUGUUUAUUCACAUGCUUCUUAAUGACUCGAUUCAGCUCACCGUUACCUCCAUGUUGUACAUCUUCAGUCUGUCAUUCUUCAAAUUAGUCACAGCUGCUUGUGCUUUUCUGGUUUAUGUUUCAGCUACAACAUUCAAUAAUGCACCUUUAAACCUGGCUGUGAUGUCACUCGAGCGUUAUGUGGCCAUACGCUUUCCUCUAAGACAUGCUGAAAUAGCCACUCAGAAAAGAACUCAUAUUGCCAUUGCAAUCAUUUGGUUUAUUGGUUCCAUAAACUUCAUAAUUGACUUGCUAUAUGGUCUAGUGAUUGAUUCUAACUUUUUAACCUCACAGAUAUUUUGCACAAGAGAAAGGCUUUUCAAGAAACCAUGGCAAGCAGAUGUUUUGCAGGGCUUUAACAUUUUCUACUUUGUGUCAGUGACUAUGAUCAUCCUUUUCACUUAUAUCAGCAUUUUGAUCACAGCCAGGUCCAUCUCCUCCAAUAAAGACUCUGCUGCAAAAGCCCACAAGACUGUGUUGCUGCACCUCAUUCAGCUGGGCCUCUGUCUUACUUCCUUUCUUUACAGCAUCAUAGAGCGUGCUGCAGCAAUGGCCGGCAGCAGCAGCCUCUUCAUGGACCUGCGUUAUCUAAACUAUUUAUUUGUGCUGAUAUUGCCACGUUGCUUAAGCCCACUCAUCUAUGGACUGAGAGAUGAUGCUCUACGGCCCUUAUUCAUGUACUAUUUCCGCUGUGCCACAGGCAAACGCAAGUCUACAGUCAAUGUACACUGAAUUAAAGCCAUUUGUUUGAGUAUACCAUUAUACCAUAUACCAAUGGCAUAUCAUAUACUUAAGUGUACAAUACAGAUGUUGUAUUUACUGUUAAGGAACCCUAUGCAGAAAACAUAUUAGGAGUGGUUAUACAUUGUAACUCAAAGGUUCAACUCUGAUGGGUGUUGUUUCAGCUUUAUCAAACACAGUUAAUCCUGUUCAGCCAUGUGCUUUAUGUAUAGCUGAACAGUGAGUGUCUGCAUGACACUCAGUGUUCAGAAACUCAGUCUUUUGACUAAAACAAAGGACUGUGUGUCCACUCAGACAUUUGGUUUGAAACUGGCUGAAACUAAGCUGUGACAUUUAUUUAGCUUUAAUAAUAAGCUCUUAAUACAAAUUGUUGUCUAAUCGUUUCUGCUGAACUGAUCAAAGCAAGCUUCAUAAAACCACUCCUAAUAAAUUUUGUCCAUCUCGGGGUCGAUAUAUGUAUUGUUUAGCUUUCUCUCAUGAAUAUUUGUCAAAUUUGUGCUAAUUUAGAAUAAAAAUCUUACAAAUGGUAUAUGGACUCAAGAUUAUCUUACAAAACCGGAUUAAGAGAAAAAAUCCAUUAAUUUGCCAUCAAAUAUGACUGAUUCAUUGGGGCUGUGUUAAAAAGUAUUUAAAAGUAAAUAGUACUUUUACUGAUAAUCCUCAUCUCUGCAGUGGAGUGGUAGAGAAUGUAAAGCUUUCAGGGUGAGCUGUUGCAUUUCUUUAGGGAAACGAUGGUUAAGUGUAUUCAUUUUGGCAUAUGGCUUGAGUUCUUUCACAACAUGUGAAAUUAGCUAGUGUUUUAGGGGCUCCAGCAGCUGUAUUUAGCUGUAUGCCAGGAGCCAGGGCACUGGACAUUUCAGGUAAUAUUAAGGUGUUAGGCAAGCACAAGUUGAAUAUCCUUGCAGUUUAGCAUUUUAUUUGUCUUUAUUUUUCUUUUCACUGUGCAUUUGUAAGAUAUUUAUUUGUUGUUUCCUUUGUAGUUUCUCUAUCUCCUACUUCUAAAUAAUUUCCCUUCUAAUAAGAUUUCUAAUAAAAAUUCCUCUUCUCUAUACACAUAUAUAUACACAUUUAAUAAGACAUUGCAUAUGACAGGAUAAGAUGAAAUCAUGGUUUCAACCACAGAAAAUCUAAUUUUACAAAUGUAGUUGUUUCUGAAAUCACAGCUCUGUAGUACAUGUACAUAGAAAAUAAAUGGCUGUUUUGUCAUUUGUUAGUGUGUGACUAGUGGGUCCUGCCCACAAUCACACUAUUCAUCCUAAAAAAAAAAUGGAGGUAAGUAUGAUAAUGCUCAGACUCUUGUGUGGACAAUGUCUGGGCUGUAAGAGAUGCCCAGAGGUGGACAUCAGUACUGUAUUUGAUGCAUCAGAGGCAGUUGUUAGAAUAGACAUUUUAUGCACAGAAUGCACUGCCAGUGCUGACAAGGCAACACACCAUAUGACUUUGUAUUAAAAGUCUCCACAUGUGUGCGCAUGCACACAACAAGGUAUCCAGCUAUUGAGACAUCACCUCUGGCAGUUAUCCAGAGUUCAUGGAACAUGGUUACACGUGUAACCUAAUGAUUUCCAGGAGUUACUCCAGCUGUUUCUUUAUGACAGUGGUACGCUUUGUUUAAAAAAAAAUGGAGCAUAGUUACUGUGCUUAUAUUUGAAAUCUAUAAACUAGCAUGUUAGGUUUGCAUAGUUAAUACAGAGUUACACUACAACAUAUCCCAAGUUGUAAUACAAUG